AUGUUGAUAUCCAGGUUUAUUACCUUACUCUCCCUCUCUGUGGCCGUCCUCGCCGCGCCCGAAAGCCACUCCGCGGCCACCAACGCCCUCGUUGACUGCCCCGAAGGCUUCUGCCUGGACGAUUCGACCUACUGCGACAUAGAGACACACAAGUGCAGGAAGAAAGGCGGCCCUGGACCCUGCGGCUCAGGAGAAUGUAUCGAGAACAAGGACAAUCCGGCCAAACGUCAGCUACCCAACGGCGACUGCAUGUCGGACACCGACUGUAAAUUCGGAGUUGAGGCGUGCAUGUGGAUACAGGCAGAAGGCCAACACAAGUGCGUGCCCCAGCUGACCAAGGUCCACACUACGACGAAGACGAGAGGCGGCGGCAGACGCAGGAGUAUGGAGAUGUCUGACGGCUCUGCUGCUUGUAUAAAGAGAGGUGGACUGUGCCGUAAAGACGUGCACUGCUGUUCUUACAAAUGCUCCCAUUUAAGUCUUCAUCUUUCCCUAGGCGUCGCCGGGACCUGCGAGUAA